UAAUGAUGGUAACUUCUUUGACAAUUAUGAGGAAGAAGAAAUAAAAAAAGUAGAAAGUUAUUGUACUAAUAGCUCUACAGAUAAUGAAGACCUUUAUAUAAACCCUGAGAGAAUCAUUAUGGAAUUAGUGCAAGUUGAAACAUUAGAUGAAGAACAAAAAGAAAAAGCUACUUAUCUUUUAAA